UCAUCCGGACGGAGCUCGCCUCUUUCUUACAGGUGCUGCGUUACAUCUGUAUUUACAGGGACCCUCCUCUGACACCGUGGGAGACACCGGGUAGGAGUCUGACUGGACCCUGAUUGUGAGAGACUCGUAUAGGACUGAGAAGAAGAGAAGUCAAUGACAUUAGCGGAAAAGCUCCCAUCUAUCGCAGCCUUGGAUGCCUUCGCGUGUCGCUACAAGAGAAAAGCUCGGACUGAUUCAAAAACUCUGGCCAAUCCCGAGUCACAUGACUCAACCACCGGCAGCGAUCGAGAGCGCAAAAGGGACGUAGAGCCUCGGUAUAUACAAGCCUGCACAGCACCAGUACACCACCGCCAUACGCCCAAUUUCUUUUUAAUUGAAACCUUUUACUCCCGCUCGUGUUUCUCUGGUGUUGGAGACUGUACGUCUCCGGGGGCGCAAAAACAACAGUUUUGAUUUUCAUCUUUGAGGAUUUUGCUUUUCUAAUAGCAGGCAGUGCUGCAGGACUAGGAUGACUGGGAAGACCCAGACCAGCAACGUGACCAACAAGAAUGACCCGCGCUCCCUCAACUCCCGCGUCUUUAUCGGCAACCUCAACACGGCCGUGGUAACCAAGGCCGACAUCGAGGCCAUCUUUGCCAAGUACGGCAAGAUCGUGGGCUGCUCGGUGCACAAGGGCUACGCCUUCGUCCAGUACGCCAGUGAGAGGAACGCCAGGGCAGCCGUGGCCGGAGAGAACACCAGGGUCAUCGCCGGACAGUCACUAGAUAUUAACAUGGCGGGAGAGCCAAAACCAUACAGGCCUAAGAUGGGCUCCAAGAGGCCUCUCUCAUCCCUCUACAGUGGCUACGAGUUCGACUAUGACUACUACAGAGAUGAUUUCUACAGCAGACUCUUUGAGUACCACGGUCGUGUUGUGCCCCCAACCCGGGCUGUGAUCCCCAUCAAGCGUUCACGGCUAGUUGUCCCAUCCACACGAAGAGCCAAAUCCUCGUUUCCAGUCAGGGCCUGUUCUUCUUCCUCCUCCUCCUCCUCCUCUUCCUCCCGAGCGCUCAAUAUUGGCUCUUCCCUCGCAGCUCCUAAACUGAAGACAGACCAGCUCCUAACAAUCAAAAAGGAGCUGUCACAGAUUAAGACCAAGAUUGACUCACUGCUGGGAAGGCUGGAAAAGAUUGAGAGGCAACAUCGCUCUGACACCGAGAUGCAGAGGAAACAAGAGGAGGUGUGUGAGUGUCUCCAUAGUGAUGCAGCAGACCACUCUGGUGGAGAAGAAGCAGAGGCGACAGCUGAGGUGGAGGCGGGGGAGAUGACGGACGGCGGGGAAGACGACUUUGAAGAUGAAGGCACCAGCGACAUGAUAGAGAACCACAUAUCAGACAUUGACAACUGAGUAAGUUGGGGUAAAAUGAAGCCUACAGUACAAGAAGAUGGGAGAACAGAUACCAGCAAAACCUUCUGGAUCGAGAAGGUGUCUUUGAAAUUAAAGGAAAGCAACGAUGGGAGUAACUGACAGCAAAUGGAGAGUUUUUCAGACUUGUUUGUUGCUUGUUUGCCUCAUUAGAACAUGAUACUCCUGGUGUGUACUUCAUCAAAAUUCUGGUUAUGAAUAUUCUCCAGACUACUGCAAGGUCAACUGCAAAGCGUGAUCAAUGAAUUCCCUCUAAACUUGUUGCCUCUCUGAAAAA